AUGACUGGCAAUCACAUUCUGUAUACCGUUCCAGAAUAUAGGAUAGCCCAAUCCAAUAAUGUCUACAGCAUCACGUCGCCGAUGUUCUUCAUCAAAUACACAAUCUUCCAGAUCCCCAUCGCGGUUAUAAUUGGCAAGGUCUGCCUCAAUUCUUUCUCUCGGGUAUUGUGCUUCCCUGAGGGGCCAUCCUCCUUCUUCGUUUUAGAUCGCAAGAGCAUGGCUGGAUUAUUCCCCGGCAAUUUCUCCCUCUCCAAUAUCUGGUAUCCGCGCCACAAGCUGCAAAAGCAGAACACUAGCUUUACCAAAUUGAAUGCAUUGCCUCGUACAUUGGCAGCUUAUUGGCCUACGGGUUGA